GACCAAUGGCUACGAGUCUGAGCGACCUAGGGGGAACAAUAGUUUAGCUAGACUUGUUUUUGUUUUGGUUUAGCUUUCGUUAGGUCGAGACCAACGGUUUGCUAACAAUGCGACUGUUCACUAACACUGUAGUAGAUAAUAAAUAUUAGUAUCUAGUAAUUUUGGCUAUGGAGUCCCCGAAGUUCAACUCUGGACAGGAAAUGACAGGGACGGCGGCCACAGUCUCAGAGACCAGGUUGAUGUGCCAGGGAGUAAACAACCAGAGCUACAUCUGUGAGUCAGGUCACUGCUGUGGAGAGACACAGUGCUGCAGCUACUACUAUGAACUGUGGUGGUUCUGGUUGGUGUGGACUCUGAUCGUUAUCCUGACAUGCUGCUGUGUUUGUCAGCACUGGCGCGCCAAACAGCGCUUCCAGCAGCAGCGCCGGCAGAACGAGAUUAACCUCAUUGCAUACAGAGAGGCUCACAACAACUCCCAACUACCACUCUAUCUCAGAUUCUUGCCCACCUACCUGCUACCAGCCUACGAAGAGGUAGUUGACCGCCCAGUCACUCCCCCUCCUCCCUACACCCCACUGCAGUCAGCAGCUCCACCCACAGACCCAUCUCAGGAACCUCCUUGCCUCCACUCAACGAUCUCCAUCCCUAAUGAGUCUGAUGUGGUAAUCCCUGCCACUUCAGAGGUUUCGGCGAACCACCUUCACAGUGCUUACAACCCCAACAAGGACUUGACACCGAGCAGGUACCGACGAUUCACAGGGGAUUCUGGGAUUGAAGUGUGUGAUGGCCAGGACCUGUGGGAUCAGCACAGCUUUUUAGAAAGGGAAGACGAGACAGAGGAAGAAGGGCUAGAGCAAAUGGAGGACCCAUGUGAUUACUGUGGUCCUGAGACUUUUGCACACAGCCAUAUGACUGGAGCAGUCAUUGAUGAAGACACAGAUGGACAUACAGCUGUGGAAACAGAGCCACAAUCUCCUAGGUAAUCCACUAUAUUAGUCAGUCAGUGACUGAUGCAGUUCUACCUUUGCUUCUCAGAGGUUCAGUCACUAUGUGUAUGUGACAGGCCUUGAGAAAAUGAAGGUUAUGAGUUACGAUAUUGACUAAAUAUUCCAAACAUCUAAAGCUACAUUAUGCAACUUCUUGUUAAAAGCGGAAAGUAUGGUUUUAGCCGAGCUCCACUCCUCAUUUUCAGGUUAAACUUUGGACAGUCGCAAACAGGUGCUGACAAAUAUAUACUGACACGGUUCUUUCAGCUUAGGUUAGUGGUUCUCUGUGUAACUAAAGGGGCUGUUGCUCUGUCACUGACUGUACCAUUAAGCCGCAAGGGAUCAGCCAUCUGAGGAUAUUAUGAGGCAUAUAACUUUUUCUACCAUGGUAGCUAGAGUUAACCAAUACUGAUUUUUUUGCAGAAUUGAUGUAUGAAAGUAUUUUUUAUCCAACAUAUAGCAAAAUAUAUAUUUUUUUACAUAAAUACCUAACAUGUACACUUGAUAAAAUCUGCUGAUCUAUCAGUGAUGGUCUCAGGUCAGUCUGCUGCAUAGUAGUAGUUAGCUCUUAAGUAUCUCAGGUUAUAGAAGGCCAUGUAGGGCAUUGUAGUAAACUCAUGAGGAGCCAUGUGAUAAA